GAAACGUAUAAAUCAAAAACAGCAGAGUAUUUACAUUCUGUAAACUGUGCAGAAGCUUUUCUGGAAAGAUAAGGCCAAAUUGCCAAUUGCCAAUUGCCGCUAACAUCCACAGUCAAACAAUUUUCAGCGCUUACUUCAUACUGCAAAGCGACACACUCGUCAAUGGGGAUUGUCAGAGUCCCACUUCGCCAUUUUUUGCCCUUCUUGCAAGUUGCUGCUUCUGCUUUCCACUCUCACACAUUGAUUCACUGAAAUCCGCGUCUGGUAAGCUGUAUGGCGGGUUCACACACAGCCAAUUGCUGCAGAAUAUCACCGAUCGAACUCUCGAUUCUUUGGAUUUUCUUCCAUUCGAGCAAUGCCUGAGUCGGUGGCAAAUGGGCAAGUGAGCUUGGAUUCUUCAAUUUAAGUUCGAUAGUCAACUUCUCCUACUUUGAUAAUUGAGAUAAUUGAAUAUUCUAUUUGUCCUAUAUCUCUGUGGUCAUUGAUUAAUUUUUCUGAGCUGUACUCGUGACUUCUGUGAUCGAUGGGUUAUGUUUUUAUUUUGUUAUUUAUAAGUGUCUGUAGAGAGAAAGAGAGAUAGUGCACUUCGGAAAGCAGUAACAAUGGCUUCUAGCGUCAGGUUAGCCAUUUUCAUGAUAGCUAGUUUUGUUCUGGUUCCAGUUCUAUUUGCCCAACACCUUUCGGCCAUGGAAGUUGAACUCGAGUCCUUAAAGGCCUUCAAGAGUGCCAUCCAUUUAGACCCAUUGGGAGCACUUUCUGAUUGGACGGACCUAAACCAUCACUGCAAUUGGUCGGGCGUUGUCUGUGAUCCUGAUUCCAAGCGUGUCAUUUCGAUUACUCUGGUUGAUCAGCAGCUUGGAGGCGAGAUUUCUCCUUUUAUUGGGAACCUCUCUGCUCUCCAGGUUCUUGAUCUGACUCAGAAUUCGUUUACUGGGCAGAUUCCUGGUGAGUUGGGUUCGUGUUCCAACCUUUCUCAGCUCACUCUUUACAGAAAUUUUCUUUCAGGUCAGAUUCCAUCACAGUUGGGAAACCUUGGCCUCCUGCAAUCAGUUGAUUUGGGCAAUAACUCUUUGAAAGGAAGCAUUCCUGAGAGCAUUUGCAACUGCACGAAUUUAUUGGCCUUUGGUGUGGUGUUUAACAAUCUCACAGGCAGAAUCCCAUUGAACAUAGGAAACUUGGUCAAUCUUCAGAUUCUGGUUGCUUACGGCAACAAGUUAGAAGGUUCCAUUCCCAUCUCGAUUGGCAAAUUAGAGGCACUGCAAGCUCUAGAUUUUAGUCAGAACAACUUGUCUGGGAUUGUACCAGUGGAGGUUGGGAAUUUGUUGAAUUUGGAGUCUCUCUUAUUGUUUGAGAAUGCUUUGGUUGGGAAAAUUCCUGAAGAGAUAGGUAAAUGUGAGAACCUUCUUGCUCUGGAACUAUACAACAAUAAGUUCAGUGGUCCAAUUCCUUCACAGCUAGGCUCUCUGGUCCACUUACAAACCUUGCGACUAUAUAAAAAUAGACUAAAUUCCACUAUACCACAAUCUCUCUUUCGGUUGAAAGGUUUAACCCAUUUGCUUCUCUCAGAGAAUGAGUUAAAUGGAUAUAUAUCUUCUGAUAUUGGAUCUUUGAGAUCAUUGCAGGUUUUGACUCUUCACUCAAAUAGGUUUUCUGGGGUGAUUCCUUCAUCUUUGAUAAACUUGACAAACCUAACACAUUUGUCUCUGAGCUUCAAUUUCUUUACAGGAGAGCUUCCAUCCAAUAUAGGUCUACUUUAUAACCUGAAGAGAUUGACAUUGAGCGGCAAUCUCCUUACAGGUUCAAUUCCAUCAAGUAUUACCAAUUGCACCCAGCUUUUUAUCAUUGAUCUUUCAUUUAAUGGGCUGACAGGGAAAAUACCUAAGGGAUUUGGGAAGUUGCGGAAUCUAACUUCCCUCCUCCUCGGAUCAAAUAGGAUUUUUGGUGAAAUCCCAGAUGAUUUCUUUAAUUGCUCAUCUCUGGUUAUCGUUGACCUGGCCGAAAACAAUUUCACUGGAUUGUUAAAACCCAGUAUUAGCAAGCUUUCCAAUAUUGAAGUUUUCAGAGCCGCAUCAAAUUCAUUUUCUGGGGAAAUUCCAAGGGAAAUUGGUAACUUAAGCAGACUCAACACAUUAAUACUUGCAGAAAAUAAAUUUUCAGGUCAAAUUCCUGAAGAGUUGUCUAAGCUUUCUCUUCUUCAAGCUCUUUCUUUGCAUGACAAUGCAUUGGAAGGAAAGAUUCCAGAGAAAAUAUUUGAUCUGAAACAACUGAUUCAUCUUCAUUUGCAGAACAACAAGUUCAUAGGUCCAAUUCCAGACGCCAUCUCAAAACUAGAGCUCCUUUCAUAUUUGGAUCUCCAUGGUAACAUGCUUAAUGGAUCCAUUCCUAAAAGUAUGAGGAAUCUUUAUCGACUUGAGAUGUUGGAUCUGUCCCACAACCAUCUAUCUGGACCAAUUCCUGGGGUUUUAAUCUUAGGUACGAAAAAUAUACAGCUAUACAUGAACUUGUCAUACAAUUUUCUGGUAGGAGGUAUUCCAACUGAGCUUGGGUUGUUGCAAAUGAUACAAUCUGUUGACUUCUCAAACAACAAUCUCACUGGGACUAUUCCAACGGCAAUUGGAGGUUGUAGAAAUCUGUUCUUUCUUGAUCUGUCAGGAAAUGAUCUUUCUGGUAUGCUUCCAGAUAAAGCUUUUACUGGAAUGAAUAUGCUCACAAACUUGAACCUUUCACAGAACAAAAUAGCUGGCGAAAUCCCAGAAGAAUUGGCAAAUCUGGAGCACUUGUACUCGUUGGACCUUUCUCAGAAUCAGAUCAAUGGCAGCAUCCCUCAGAACCUUGCAAAACUUUCAGCUCUGAAGUACGUCAACCUUUCCUUCAAUCAACUAGAAGGUCCUGUUCCAGACACUGGAAUAUUCCGAAAAAUAAAUGCAUCGAGCUUGAUAGGAAAUCCUGCUCUUUGUGGAUCCAAUUUCUUUGCUCCUUGUGGAAAGAAAGGUUCACGACAUCUAUCAAAAAAGACCUUACUAAUUCUCAUAACCCUUGGAUCUAUUAUUAUACUUUUAGCUAUAAUUUUAUUAAUUCUAGUCCUCAAUCGAUAUUGUAAGCUUGAGAGAUCUGUAAGUACUGAGAAUCCUGAACCAUCAUUGGACUACGCAUGUACCCUUGAGAGGUUUGAUAAGAAUGAUAUGGAGAUUGCAACCGAAUACUUCAGUGAAAACAACAUUCUAGGUUCCAGUUCUUUAAGCACUGUCUACAAAGGUAAACUGGAGAAUGGACAGAUUGUAGCUGUAAAAAGACUCAAUUUGCAAUAUUUCUCUGCAGAAUCAGAUGACUGCUUCAAUAGAGAAAUCAAGAUUCUUAGUCAACUUAGACAUAGGAACUUGGUGAAAGUACUCGGAUAUGCUUGGGAAAGCCAGAAACUGAAGGCUAUCGUUCUUGGAUACAUGGAAAAUGGGAACUUGGAAAGAAUAAUACAUAACCCUGAAACAGAUCAACGUAGUUGGACAUUGUCGAAGAGAGUUGAUGUUUGCGUUUCUGUUGCUAGUGGGAUGCAAUACCUGCACCAUGGAUAUGAUUUUCCCAUCAUUCACUGUGACUUGAAACCUUCAAAUAUUCUCCUUGAUGGAGACUGGACAGCCCAUGUGAGCGAUUUUGGAACGGCUAGAAGAGUCCUGGGGGUGCAAAGCCAAGACGCAAGUAGCAUUUCCUCUUCAUCAGCUUUUGAAGGCACUAUCGGAUAUUUGGCUCCAGAGUUCGCAUACAUGGGGAAAGUCACAACAAAAGUAGAUGUGUUCAGUUUUGGCAUAAUACUGAUGGAAUUUCUGACAAAGAAAAGGCCAACUGCAACCAUUGAAGCUGAUGGACUCCCAGUCAGCUUGCAGCAACUGGUAGAGAGAGCUUUAGCAAAUGGAAAGGAAGGGCUUAUUCAAGUUUUGGAUCCUGUGCUGGUCUUGGAUCACUCAAAGGAGCAAACAAGGUUAGAAGAACUACUCAAACUAGCAGUAAGCUGUACCGACCAAAAUCCUGAGAAUAGACCUGACAUGAAUGAAGUUCUGUCUACCCUUUUGAAGCUGCAGAUGGACGAAUAGUAGAUUUAAAUGUACAAAUAUUAGUAGUAACAAUAAAACUCAGUCUUAUAUUGAGUUUGUAUGAAUGAUUACACGUUCAAGUUUGCCAAGUUCAAUGGAUUCUCAUGCUUGACAUGAGAUAUAAAGAACACAGUUCUGAACUGAAAUUCAUCGAUGCGGGUGAGCAAGUUCCCACCUUUAUAUGUUCUUGUAAGUUGGUACUGCAGAUGCAUUACAGUUUAGGAACAAAUUCCAAGAGUUUUAGGUCUGUAUGCAUAAUGCAUUUUCAGGGA